AUGUACCCCGACCUGCAGCACGCCUGCAUUCUUGUCGAACGGCUGAUGGAUCUCGCUCAGUUAGAACUUCGAUCGUCUCUUUACGGCAAGCAGAUCGGAGGAGGAUUGAGAUGGACAAAAGCAAAGAACGUUACUUUUGCUGACCCCAUGGUUGAGCGCGUCGCUCUAUCUGGGGAGGCGCACAUAAUGGAGACGAUUGUUACCGACUGGUGCAAGCCGACCAAUCUGAAUUUCUGA